AUGGAUAACACUGUAACAUCUAUAUUCUCUGCUCCAGUGGUACAGAGCAGGCUCGAACACCACCACUUACAACAACAAAAACAAUUAUUAAAGUCACAUAAACCGGAAGCAAGACAUCAAAGAUCAAAAUCAAUAAAUAAAGGGAAACGUGGUUCUCCUCACAAUCAAUUAAAGGAGAGCUCUGUGCCUAUGGUCUCUGUUUCGGCCAGUGAUUGCUCUAAUACUUCUCAUCAUAUUACAAAAUCAUCUAAUUUUAAUCGUGUUGAUAAUUUCGAUUCUUUGCGUGGAGAUUCUAAAUUCCCUGAUUCCUCUUUUACGAAUAAUUUUAAUAAUAAUUAUUCUACUGCUAUUGAUGAUUCUCAUUUGUCGGCUUUUGGUUCCACUGAUACCAAUAGGCCUGUUCAACGAAGGUCAAGUGAAAAACGUCCAUCAAGAAAAUAUCAACAAAAUGAUUCAACCGGUGAAGAUAAUAAUAAUAAAUUAAGAAAUGGCUCUCAAGUCACGAUCCUCAAGAGACCUCAAUCUGCUACCGAUUUUGUAAAAUCUUCUAAUAACAAUAAUAAUUCUACUUCUAAUAAAAUGUUCCUUGAUGUCACUCAUGAGGAACAAGAUUAUCAACUUUCUUCUGCGGUUGGUGAUUAUUCUAAAGAGCGCAGACGUUCUGAUGCCUCCUCUUCUAAACCUAGAUGUUCUCAAAGGCGUAAAGAUGUAAAAUCGAUGUCUGGGAUUUUACAAGUUAUUGAAUCUUGCAAUUAUCAACAACAACGGGAUUCUAAUAAAGAAUCUGAUGUAAAUAGUACUUUAUUAAAUCCAAGUUUAAAGUCUUCUUUUUCGCCAAAAAUCGACCCCGUUUGUUUACCUGUACCUCCUCAGCAAACGAACAACGCCUUUCAUUUUCCACCUCUCAACUAUUCUGUCGCGAUUAUUGCCCUUGAAGAAGAAAUAUCUGCGAACAAAUGCUAUAAAAGACGUUCUGAUAUUUAUCUUUCUAUCAAUACCAAUACCUCAUUUAUUCCGGAAAAUGCUCCUCGUCGUCAAUCCAGUACAGCUGUUGAAUUGCAAAGCCAGGUUGCUCCUUUUGCAAGUCAAGAUGCUGUUAAUUGUUCCAUGUUAUCAACUACUCCUCCGGCCUCUCGUAGGCCGUCUACUUCUCCGGAUAGACUCAUGGCGGCAUCAAAACUUUACGCCGGUCCUACAUUCCAUAAUUCCCCUGCUCCUAGUGAUUUACCUUUACCAUCUUUCCUUAGUAAACCUUCUAGUAAGGAAUCUAGUCCUUUAAUGACUUCCAAUACUAUCGCUCCCGCUUUAACCCCUUCCAGGGUUUCAUCGCCGUCCUUAUCUUCUGGUAAUUCUUCUGACGACGAUAUGUUUAUUAUGGAUGACGUCGAAUCUGAUGCCAUCAAACAUUCCGAUCGAUUUUAUAACGUGAAAAAACAAGAGUCUAAUGAACUUCUCCGCAUCUUAUCGGAACGUCAAUAUAAUUCUCCUUCCGCAUACAUGGUCCCUGCACGUAUGGCCACCUCUCAUAAUCCUGCUCAAGUUUAUCCUACCAAAGAUGGAUUGUC